GGCGGGGCCUUAGCCUGUGCUUCUCGGUGUCCCGGCCAGGGACGGAAGUUGCACCACAAGUACAAUUAGUUUCAGUUUUGUUUCUCUUACAUCCUGUCAGCAAUGUCGGUGUCCAGGCCGCGGGGGUCCCCCUGAAGCCCCUAGAGUCCAAGGGCAGCUCUGGCUGGGCCGGACACAACCAGCAGUGUUUCCGGGUUCUCUGUUGCUGAAUGUACCUGGGGAGGAAGAAGAGGAGAAAGAGGGUGGCUCCCUAGGGCCAGAGCAAGCUCCAAGUCCCCAGGAAGCAAGGAGGAAGUUCCUGACCAGAAUGGUUUCCCAGGGCUCCCCCACCUCUCUGCUGGAGGCCCUGAGCAGUGACUUCCUGGCCUGUAAAAUCUGCCUGGAGCAGCUGCACACACCUAAGACGCUGCCCUGCCUGCACACCUACUGCCAGGACUGCCUGGCCCAGCUGGCCGAGGGCAGCCACGUCCGCUGCCCAGAGUGCCGAGAGACAGUGCCUGUGCCACCUGCUGGUGUGGCUGCCUUCAAGACCAACUUCUUUGUCAAUGGGCUCCUGGACCUGGUGAAGGCCCGAGCCUGUGGGGACCUGCGUGCAGGGAAGCCAGCCUGUGCUCUGUGUCCCCUUGUGGGGGGCACCAGUGCUGGGGGGCCAGCCACAGCCCGGUGCCUGGAUUGUGCCGAUGACCUGUGCCAGGCCUGUGCCGACGGGCAUCGCUGCACCCGCCAGACCCACACCCACCGUGUGGUAGACCUGGUGGGCUACCGGGCAGGGUGGUAUGACGAAGAAGCCCGGGAGCGCCAGGCGGCCCAGUGUCCCCAGCACCCCGGAGAGGCUCUGCGCUUCCUGUGCCAGCCCUGCUCUCAGCUGCUAUGCCGUGAGUGCCGCCUGGACCCCCACCUGGACCACCCUUGCCUGCCCCUAGCCGAGGCUGUGCGUGCCCGUAGGCCUGGCCUAGAGGAGCUCCUGGCAGGUGUAGACAGCAACCUGGCAGAGCUGGAGGCCACUCGGGUGGUAGAAAAGGAAGCCCUGGCCCGGCUGCGGGAGCAGGCUGCCAGGGUGGGGACACAGGUAGAGGAGGCAGCUGAAGGGGUCCUCCGGGCCUUGCUGGCCCAGAAGCAGGAGGUGCUAGGACAGCUACGGGCCCAUGUGGAGGCUGCCGAGGAGGCUGCUCGGGAGAGGCUGGCCAGGCUAGAGGACAGGGAACAGGUGGCCAGGGCAGCGGCUGCCUUUGCCCGGCGGGUGCUUAACCUGGGGCGAGAGGCUGAGAUACUCUCGCUGGAGGGGGCGAUCACCCAGAGACUCCAGCAGCUACAGGGCUGUCCCUGGACACCUGGGCUGGCGCCCUGCCUGUUACCCCAGCUGGAGCUUCACCCUGGGUUUUUGGACAAAAACUGCCAUCUUCUUCGGCUGUCUUUUGAGGAACAGCAGACGGAGAAGGAUGGUGGGAAAGAUGGAGCAGCUACCCAAGGAGGGGCUGAAACAUGGAACCAGGGAGAGGUUGGAGCCAAGCCAGAAGGGCAGAGUGGAGUCCAGCCCCCAUGUAGGGACGGAUCCCCAACCCUAAAAGAGGACAAAGCCCAGUCGCCUCAGGAAGACACAGGAGCCCUACUGGAGUCUGGUGGCAGAUCUAACAAGAAGAAAAAGUUCAAAGGCAGGUGCAAAUCCAUCACUCGCGAGCCCAGAGCUGCCCUGGAGCCAAACCUGGACAGCUCAGGCCUCCUCCCCAGGCCCAUCUUCUACUGCAGCUUUCCCACGAGGAUGCCUGGAGACAAGCGGUCCCCUCGUAUCACUGGGCUCUGUCCCUUUGGCCCCCGGGAGAUCCUGGUAGCAGAUGAGCAGAACAAGGCACUGAAACGCUUUUCCCUCAAUGGCGACUACAAGGGUUUGGUGCCGGUGCCUGAUGGCUGCUCCCCGUGCAGUGUGGCCUCCCUGCAAAGCGCGGUGGCCUUCUCUGCUGGUGCGAGGCUCUAUCUUAUCAGCCCCAGUGGUGAGGUUCAGUGGCGCCGGGCCUUGAGCCUCGGCCAAGCCAGCCAUGCCGUGACCGUGCUACCUGGCGGGGACCGGGUGGCUGUCAGCGUGGCAGGCCAUGUGGAAGUGUACAACAUGGAAGGCAGCCUGGCCACCCGGUUCAUCCCUGGGGGCAAGGCUAGCCGGGGCCAGCGGGCACUGGUGUUCCUGACCGCCAGCCCCCAGGGCAAUUUUGUGGGGUCUGAUUGGCAGCAGAAUAGCGUGGUGGUCUGUGAUGGGCUGGGUCAGGUGAUUGGGGAGUACAAAGGACCCGGCCUGCAUGGCUGCCAGCCGGGGUCCCUGUCUGUGGAUAAGAAUGGCUACAUCUUUCUGACCAUCCGAGAGGUCAAUAAGGUCGUGAUCCUGGACCCAAAGGGGUCACUUCUUGGCGACUUCCUGACAGCCUUCCACGGCCUGGAAAAGCCCCGGGUGACCACCAUGGUAGAUGGCAGGUAUCUGGUUGUGUCUCUCAGUAAUGGGACCAUCCAUGUCUUUCGGGUUCGUUCCCCUGACAGUUAGAGGGGCUAGAACUGGGGAGCGGGGAGGAGGGGUGGGAUACUGUGGUGGAGGGCAUUUCCUGGAGGCAGGAUGAGCAGUGUUUCAGCGAGAAAUGUCAAGCUACUAACUCCUUUGCUGAUAUGCAGGGGUGGGGACCCAUAGCAGUGGUGUGACCAUAGUUCUCUAAAGCAGUGGGGCAGAAAGGGUGCUGGAUGCCAGCCGAACCUGUUGCUUUUUGUAUGUGACUAUAUGCUGCUGUUGAGGCCACUGCUAUAUAGUUUAGAUUUCUGAGACUUGUAAAUGUGUCCUGAUUUGCAUUCUUCAAAACCAUUCCUAGUGGAGUAGCCGAGAGGGAGUCCUGUAGAGGCGGGUACAUGUUGUUCUCUGAGCCUAGAAGGACCUAGCCAGGCAUGGUGGCACAUGCCUAUAAUCCCAGCACUCUGGGAAGUUGAGGCAGGAGGAUUGCAAGUUCAA